CUUUCUGCGAUAUACACCACCCCCUCUAUCCACCCAUUCAAUUCUCCCCUAAACUCUGAUCAAUCAGAGAACACAUACUUCACAAUGCCGAAAGUGGCUGUCAAGCAAAAGUCCCGCCAAAAGGUCAAAACGGCCGCGCGCUCCCCCUUCGAACCAGGUCAACCCAUUCGCGAAGCCAGCGACAUCGACAUGAGCGACGAUGAAACGAGCUCCGACGAGUCCUCGGUGCCGGAGAAGGACGAAGCCGAGAAGAAGCUCGAGGCGAUGCUCUUCGGCGACGACGAGGGAUUCCUUGGCGCGUUGAAGAACCAGAAGGAUCGCAGUUUAGUGCUCGCGGGUCAGAGUAGCGAUGAGGACGAGUCUGCGGAGGAGGGAGACGAUGAUGAGGUGAAGGACUUGUCGCAGAUGGAUGAUGCUGAUCUUUUCUUCCUUGACUCUGGCGCCGGACCUGUUUCUACGGAUCUCAGCGAGGCGGCGCCCGCCGUGCCGUCGGAUGAAGAGGGCAGUGAGGAGGAGUCUGGUAUGCCUGCGCUGUGGCAUGAUAGCGACGACGAGCGCAUUACGAUCUCCUUGGCGAGCCACCAGAGGCUGAGGAAGCUGCGUGUCGCGGAAUCGGAGGAUGUCAUCAGCGGAAAGGAAUAUAUUCGCCGCCUGCGCAGACAGUACUUGCAGUUGAACCCGAUGCCGGACUGGGCCAACCCGGAGAAGCAGCAACAGAAGGAUGAGUCGGAUGCGGACGAGAUGGAUACGGAUGAUGAGGAGCCAUCGUCCACGCAGCCGCUGGCUAAGUUGCUGCAGAACGCUACGGAUCUUGUCAACGUGGAGGAGAAGACGUCAAGCGGCCGCAGAAAGAUGCGCCAGGAGGUUGUGGAUAUUCAUCGUCUCAAGGACGUUGGCAAGGACCAGCCGUCCUCGGUCGAUUCGCUCAUGUUCCACCCCAACUACCCGCUGCUCCUCUCCUCCGGACCUGCAGCCACGCUCUUCCUUCACCACAUCUCGCCCUCCUCCCCGGCUCCUAACCCGCUCCUCACCUCAUUCCACAUCCGCAACACCCCCAUCCACACCUCGGCCUUCCACCCGCCCUCCGGCAACCGCAUCUUCGCCUCCGGGCGUCGCCGUUACUUUCACAUCUGGGACCUGGAGACCGGCAAGGUCGACAAAGUCAAUGGCACCGCCGACCGCAAGGAGGAGCAGAAAUCCAUGGAGCGAUUCAAGCUCUCCCCCUGUGGCCGCUACGUCGGUCUGGUCGGCACCUCCCGCAAGGGCGGCGGUCUCAUCAACAUCCUGGACUCCGGCACGGCACAGUGGAUCGCCCAAGUGCGCGUGGACGGCCGCGGCGGCGUGGCCGAUUUCGCCUGGUGGAGCGACGGUGAGGGUCUAACGGUGGCUAGCAAGAACGGUGAAGUGUCCGAAUGGGACGGCCGUCUCAACCGGGUCGUCGCGCGCUGGAUGGACGCCGGUGCCGUCGGCACGACGGUGCUCAGUCUGGGUGGUCGGUCCGGCCGGACGCAGCUGGGCGGAGACCGCUGGGUGGCUAUUGGUAGUUCCAGCGGUGUGGUCAACGUGUACGAUCGUCGCGAAUGGGCUGCGGCGUACGCGGCGCAGGGCGAAGACGUCGAGGCUGGACAGUCGGCGAUUCCUCGUAACCCGGAGCCCGUCCGGGCUCUUGAUCAGCUCACGACGCCGAUCAGCCAUUUGGUGUUUGCGCCGGAUGGACAGUUCUUUGUUAUGGCGAGUCGGUGGAAGCGUGAUGCGCUGAGAAUGGUUCACCUCCCGACAUGCACGGUGUACCGCAAUUGGCCGACGUCGAAUACGCCUCUGGGUCGUAUUUCAUCGGUGGCUAUCUCGCCCAAUUCGGAGCAUUUGGCUGUGGGUAAUGAGCAGGGACGGAUCAGGUUGUGGGAGAUUCGGGGGUAAAUAUUCCUACUUGGUACUUUAUAGAGCCAUAAAAGUUUUAUACUGCAUAUUACGUGGAGUUAGUGUAGAGUAAAUAAAUACCAGUGCAG